AUGGAUAAGAGGUAUGUUCUGCCCUCCCGCACAUACUUCAAUCAAGUUGCCAUCCCACAGCUCUACGCAGAAUGUAAGGCCAAAGUUGUAAAUGAGCUGGAAAACACAGAGUUUUAUGCGUCAACUACUGAUCUGUGGUCAAGCAGAACGACCGAGCCCUACAUGAGUUUGACCGUGCAUUUCGUCAACGCCAACUUCGAGUUGUGUAGCCGCUGCCUGCAGACAGCAUACUUCCCCUCUGACCAUACCAGGGAGAAUAUUGCCAUGGGGCUGAAGGAGUGCUUGGCCAACUGGGAAAAUGCUGUCAAAGAUGAGCAAAGAAUCAAACGGACCACAGGACUUUGCAAGCAGCUGGUUGCGGUCUUCACUCACAGCUGGAAGAAGAAGGCGGCACUAAAAAAGGCACAGCAAGACUUGAACCUACCUCAACAGUCACUGGUCACUGAAUGUCCGACACGAUGGGGCUCCCGGCAGAAAAUGAUUGGGAGGGUGUUGGAGCAGAGCAAGGCACUGUGCCAGGUUCUGUCUGAAGACAGGAAGACGCUGCACCUGGUCCCCACUUGGCAAGACACAGAUGUCCUUGAAUCUGUAAACAAUGCCCUCGGUCCUCUUCAGGAGUUCACAGACGCCCUCUCAGGUGAGGACUACGUAAGCGUGUCAUACCUGAAGCCAGUGCUCCAUCUCCUCAGAACAGCAACGCUUGCUGAAACUGACCAGGACACGAAUCUCACCAAGGAGAUCAAAUCAAGAGCUCUCUACUACAUUGAAGAGAAAUACAGCGACCCAGUGACACAGGAGCUCUUGGACAUCACAUCCUUCCUUGAUCCAAGAUUCAAGAAGAGCUACAUAAGUGAAGAGAAUGUCCCAUACAUCAAAGACAGAGUGAAGAUGGAAAUGGAACAGGUGGCACAAAAGGAGCAGAGGGCUUGUGUCACAACCCAUCCCAUGCCCCUGAGUGCAGAAGAAGAACCACCAUCCACCUCUACAAAGCGAAAGCGGUCACUGGGCAGCUUUUUCAAGACCAAGGCGGUCCCUGCUUCCUCUACUGUGCAGUUGGAGGAUACCAUUAAAGCAGAACUGGACAACUACCUCAUAACUCCUACCAUUGAUGGAGAGCAAGAUCCACUGGCCUGGUGGAGAGUGCACAAUGUCAACUUCCCAUGGCUUAGCAAGUUGGCUCGUAAGUACCUUUGCAUACCAGCAACGAGUGCACCAUCAGAGAGACUGUUCAGUGCCAGUGGCAAUAUUGUCACAUGUCAGCGUGCAAGUCUGAAGCCAGCAAAGGUUGACAUGUUGGUUUUCUUGGCCAAAAAUCUCUGAAGGGAUGAA